AUGGCAGCCGUUUGCCCGAUUUGCUUCGAAGACGAUGUUCAGCCUGUUGUGUACGCCACCAUGCACAACCACAGCUGGCAGAACCGACAUUGCGAUGCUCAUGGCAUCUGCUGGAACUGUCUGAACCGCUAUGUGGAGAUGCAGAUUCUGGAGGAGGGCCGGUUCAACCUCAAGUGCCCCGGAAUCGGUUGCAACUACCGCCUCCUCCCCCUCGAUGUGGAGAGGGCCUUGGCGGCAUCAGAGCCGGAACGCCAGCAGGUGGCGCUGGAGCGCUACGGCAGCAUGCGCAGCGCGAGCCAUGAACAGAGACUUCGGGAAGUCGCCCUUGGAACAUCCGGGCCUUCCGAAUCUUGGCUCCUCCAGGAAUGCCAGGCAUGUCCUCACUGCCUUUCAUUGGUUCGGCGGGAGACUGGCUGCCUUCACGUCUUCUGCCGCUGCGGCUGCGACUUCUGUGCCGGCUGCGGCAGUCCCGACGACUGCCUUUGUGCUGCGCUGGACAAGGACCGCGACGUCGUCUUCGCAGCAUGGCUCCGAAUUUCCCCGGAUUCACCCGUUGCAUGGCUGAGGGACAUGCCCAGCUCUGACAUGUCGGAGGAGCGGCUGUUGGGCACGUUGGGCUUCUUCCUUUGGAUGGCCUACCUCCCGGUGGAUCUACCCUGGGUACGUGCCCUGGAGGAGCCGGAGCAUUCCCUCCCGCCCCUGCGCUGGCGAUGGUGGUUCGUCAUGACCGAGGAGGAGGCAUUCAACAGGGAGGCCUUCCCGGAGAUCUUGCGCAACCCACUCGGCUCUUAUGGCAACCUGGUUAACGGCGACGAAUCCGAGAACUGGUUCCAGCACUAUCGGCGCGUACCCCGUCGGCCCUGGCGUCUCUUCGCCACUCAGCGCUGCUCUCGGCGACAGGACCGCUACCACUACGCGCCCCGGCCUUGCAAAGACGUCAGGCCUGGGACCGGGGAUGCAGCUGCGCCCGAUCGUCGCCGACGGCAGCCGCGAGCUGUCUCGACAGCAGCUGCUGCUCGCAAGGUGCAAGAACAGCGCAAGCGCCGGCAGCAACUGCGCAGCCGCUUCAGGGAAGAGCUGGUGCAGAUGGACUGA